UUGCACUCGAGCGAACGACAAGCCCGUCGGUCUUUCUAGUACAUGUUUUGGCAUUAAGUAAGGAACUGUUCUGGGUGCUGGUUGGUAAAUUAGACGAAAAUGAAGCUCCUACUUGGGGUUUGUGCACUAGUUGCGUUUUCUGCUGUCAGUGCUGAAGUAUUUUUUGAAGAAAAGUUCCUUGACGAUUCAUGGCAACAGAACUGGGCUUAUUCUGAACAUCCCGGUAAGGAAUUCGGCAAGUUUGUUACGAGUGCUGGUGCCUUUUACAACGACCCGGAAAAUGACAAGGGAAUAAAGACCUCUCAGGAUGCUAGGUUUUACGCCCUGUCAACCAAGUUCCCGCCUUUCAGCAACAAGGGUAAGCCCCUUGUUGUUCAAUUUUCUGUGAAACAUGAGCAGAACAUUGACUGUGGGGGUGGGUACGUUAAGGUGUUUGACUGCAACCUUAACUCCAAGGACAUGCAUGGAGAGACUCCUUAUGAAAUUAUGUUCGGUCCUGAUAUUUGUGGACCUGGCACAAAGAAGGUUCAUGUCAUCUUCAGCUACAAGGGCAAGAAUCUUCUGAUUAACAAAGAUAUUCGCUGCAAAGAUGAUGUGUACACUCAUCUUUAUACACUUAUUGUGAAUCCUGAUAACACCUAUGAAGUGCUUAUUGAUGGUGACAAGGUUGAAUCUGGUGAACUGGAAGCCGACUGGAACUUCCUUCCCCCUAAGAAGAUCAAGGAUCCUGAAGCAAAGAAGCCAGCUGACUGGGAUGACAAGGCAACCAUUGAUGACCCUGAGGACACCAAGCCUGAAGAUUGGGACAAGCCAGAGCACAUUCCUGACCCUGAUGCCAGCAAGCCUGAGGACUGGGAUGAUGAAAUGGAUGGUGAAUGGGAACCCCCAAUGAUCGACAACCCUGACUACAAGGGAGAAUGGAAGCCAAAGCAGAUUGACAACCCCAACUACAAGGGACCAUGGGUUCACCCUGAAAUUGACAACCCUGAGUAUGAGUCUGACAGUGACCUCUACCUGAGAAAGGAAAUUUGCGGGAUUGGUUUUGACCUGUGGCAAGUGAAGGCUGGUACCAUCUUUGACAAUGUCCUGAUCAGCGACGACCCUGAAUAUGCCAAGACUGUUGGCAAAGAGAACUGGAAAGCAACAUUUGAGGGUGAAAAGAAGAUGAAAGAGGCUCAAGAUGAGGAAGAGAGAAAGAAGGAAGAAAAUGACAAGAAAGUGAAGGAAGAACAAGAAGAAGAUGACGAUGAGGAUGAUGACGACAAUGAUGUAGCAGAAAAGGACAGCACAGACAAAGCAGAAGAGACACACGAUGAGCUGUGAGCAUUCUUCCAUCCUAAAUCAUGAGUUAAUUUACCAACCAGCAGCUCUGUGAAAUUGCUGAUCUUCCACCUACUCAGCAACUGCAGACGAUUGCUGUAACUUAUGCAAUCAGACUGAUCCUUAACCCUUCCUCCCCCUUUUCCCUGUAAGUGUGGCCCACAGGUCUUGUGAACUGUGUCAAUGAUACAUGUUUGACUCAAUGGUGCCUGUGUGCUUUUACUGCAUUUACCACUUAGUGAUAUGUUGCAGAACUGAUAAAGGCAUGUUGGUUGUGGACUUUGUUUUGUGUGUGACCAUUUCAGUAUGCAGCUCUGUACAAAAUCUUUUGGGAUGAUUUCCUAUUUGACUGAUAGGUUUUGCUUUUUUGGAGUAGUAGCCUAUAACACCAUGGUAUGGUGUUUACCUCUGAUUUGUGUUUCACAAAGAUCUGAAGUAAAGUUUUGUCAGAAACUUGAAUGGAAAGCAAUAUUUCUUUGAAUGUGAAGAAAGUCAAAUUGUUGUAUUUGGUUAACAGUUAUCAAAAUUUGAAGAUUGGGUGGGCCUGAAAAUGUUCUUGAAGGGAGUGUCUAAAAUGAACAAACCAAACAAAUUGCAAGGCUUUUAUAAAGUCUUGAUAGUACCUUUCCUUUAUGAUUAAGAAUGUUUUUUUAAAAAUCAUAUUCUGGGCUUCUUUAUUUGUGCCAUUUGGUUCCAAUAUGAAAAUGUAAUUGAAUUUGCAGUGUAGUGAGCCAUCAUGUGUUGAACUUUAAAAGUCACAGGACUUUUCUUUAUGCACUGAAGCUCAGUUUCUCUUAACACAAUUCAGUGGAAGCCGCAAACAUGUGUUGUGUUCAAGUAGCAGUGAUAUGUGAAUUUGUAAGGAUGAGAUGUUUUAUUAUGAAAAAAUAUAAUGCUAGGCUUAAUUUAAA